AUCCAAAAGGGACGGACGAAAACCACGGACGAAAGAUAUACAUUUCAGGUUGAUUUGCAUGCUGCGAUGUCAUUCUACCAAGCUUUCCAGCCUCUCCGUUUCUUGCUCUUUAAUUCCCUGGCAUUCGCUCAAGCUCAAUAUCUGAUGGGAUUUCAUGGCUUUCCAAUCUUGAGCCAUAUCCCCGGCCUGGCCACUGAAACAUCGCUCUUGGCCACUGUCACCGGGGUGAAUGAACCCAUCGAAGAAGAACGUACGCCAUACUAUGAUCCUGCACAAUUUUGUUCCGCACGUUUAGGGUGCGUUCUGAAUGACCAGUAUCAACUCGCAAUGAAACUCGGUAAUGGUAGUAACUCAACUACCUGGCUCGCUCGGGAUCUAAACCAAUUCGUUCUCCACAGACCCCCCACGCAUCUCGAAUGGCGCUGGUUAAAAAAGAAAUAUGUUGCUCUCAAGACAAAUAUCAGUGCUCAUCACUCUCGAGAAAACGUUACUCAAUCUGAACUAGACAUUCUAAAACACAUCUCUGAAGCAAAUCCUCUACACAAGGGUUGGAUAUUCGUUAGGCGUCCUCUCGAUUCAUUCACGUUAGAGCACGGUUCGGGGAGACAUCUCAUUCUUGUAUUUGAGCCUUUGCAUGAACCCCUCUGGAUAUACCGGAAAAGGUUUGUCGGUGACAGAAAUCUGAAAUCAGACAAUAUAAUGAUCAAAGUUGAGGAUCCAUCUAUUUUGUCAGAAUCGGCUAGAGAUGAGCACGAACAUACUCUACCGCAGAAGACUUGCCCAGAUGGUCGCAGAAUAUAUCGAGCACCAGAGGUUAUUCUGGGUGCAGGCUAUUCGUACAGUGUCGAUAUCUGGGGCUUAGGGCUAUUCGAGGAGGCUGAUCACCUCGAAAUUCAAGAAUAUGAUGAGCUUAACCAUCUUGGCCAUAUCUCUGCAUUGUUAGGUCUACCUCCGAAGGAACUUCUAGACAAAGGAACAAGAACUGAUCUCUUUUCCAAAUUCGAUAGACAAUUCAAAGGCACGACUAUUCCACCAUCAAACUUCAACUUUGAAGAUUCACUAAAUCACAUACAAAAUGAGGAUAAGAGGAUGUUCAUUGAGUUUGUACAAAGAAUGAUAAAAUGGAACCCAGAAGAACGAAAUACGGCAAAGGAACUACUCCAGGAUCCAUGGCUUUAUGCGGACUUUGAAGAUUGA